AUGCAAUGCAUACCUGUUGGCGAAGACGCACCCGGGCUGCCGGGGACUGUUGCUGUCUCUGGUUUUGGGGGCCCUCCUCUCCUGAUAUUCACGGCCCUCCGGGAGGAAGAUGGCGAGGGGUUGACGCGCGGGAGAGUGGGCUGGGCGUACAGAUCAGGAUUGGUCUUGCCCGAGGAUGGAAUAACUUCACGCGACCUCGAGGUUGCGGAGUCCCUGUCGUUUGACGUUGUCACUCUGUCCGACCUUGGCUCUCCGUGGAUCUGUGCCUGUUUCUGCCACCGCUCGUUCCGCUUAGCCACUGCAGAAGCGGUGCAUCCAGAGGCUCCCGCGUUGCUGGUCAAUAUCAACCGAGCUCCUAACGUUGCAUGUCGGAUCGUUUCUCCAUCGCAUUCCCGUCAAGAAGAGAUCUGGUAUCUUGCGGCCGGCUACCCGGCUCCGGGGAGCGGGGUUCCAGCUAGCAAGGACUCCAACGAAGCAGGGUCCUUGCAACCGCUUCCGCAGGCGUCAGAUGCUUCAUUGUUUGAGCAACCCAACCCAGAAGCUGUCGAUGGCCUCUUCAGCAACCGCCGCCGAUUUCUCCAUUCUUGCGCGGCGGUGGGAGAAAGCCCCCUCUAUGGUACCCACUAUUUCCGCAUCUUGGCCAGAUCCAGGAUCCGCGGCGCGGCUUCGUCUGGAACCCGCCUCCAGACACGCCUGGGGCGUUGGCACCCCAGGGGCCGAAGAACGGGGGACACCCAACGCCAGGAGACCAGAAAGACGGGACUCUUGUUUGGUCGGCUGUCGGGCAUGUUAAGCAACACAAACCGUUCCCCCGUGGCUGUUGGUCAUGUCCCUUGCCAUGACCAGCUGCUCAGUGGCCAUGUUCGGCCCACCAUUUAG